GUUCACCCCACGGGUUUGUAUUUGCAGUGUCAGCAAAUUAUGAACCAAAUAUAAACUGUUUAUUGAGUUAAAAGUGCUAAAGUGAAGACCAAGAGGGUGAAAGACACUUACCACCAAUCUGACAGAUGUCAGUAAGGUUUAACGGCAAAUCUGGGGAAGUUGAUGGAGAUGGUUGGAAUUUGAUGGAUACUGACAACAGAUCAAAAUAUAGAUGUCGACCUCAAAGUUCAGCGUGUUGGAUUGGAGCUGCUUUUGUGUGCCUGGUGCUUCUUCUGACUAUGAUCAUGGUGGCCCAAAAUACCAGUGCUAUCAGUCAUUGGGACACCAAGUUUGAAAAGCUGAUUUAUGAGAUCAGUAAAAGCAGAGACGAUCUGAGAGAUGAGCGAGACCAGCUGAAGAUUCAAUGCAGCAACCUGACAAAAGAGAUGGAGAGUCUGCAGAGCCAAUACAACACUUUGGCUGCAAGCCGAGAUAAGUUACAAGAGGAGAUCGAUAUGUUAACUCACAAUAGAACAGACAAACCCUGCAACCAUGGAUGGAUAAAAUUCAACAACAAGUGCUACUAUGUCUCUCCCAAUGGUGUGACAAAAACUUGGGAAAACAGCAGAAAGGACUGUAGAGAGAAAGGAGCAGACCUGGUGAUCAUAACCACAAAAGAAGAGCAGGAUUUUGUCAGCGGAAGAAAUGGCGUAUCUUGGAUUGGUCUGCAUCGCGGGGAGAGCGAAGAUGAGUGGAAGUGGGUGGAUGGAACUGGCCUGGUCGAUCAUGGAUUCUGGCAAAAAGAUGAGCCCAAUAAUAGUGAUGGGGAAGAGGAUUGCGUGGAAGUCUCUAGUGCUGCAAUGGCAUGGAAUGACGUGCCUUGUAAAAGAAAAUUUUCAUGGGUGUGUGAAGAUUAAGGUCCUGUGGGCAGCCAUUCAACAUUCUUGUCAUUCAGGCUCUCCUCCCAGAUAUAUAAGAUAAGAUAAGAUAAUAUAAUAGACAGCCUGAUAACAACUGUUAUUUUCUGUUCUCCUUUUCUUUUAUGAAAUAAAAAGCACCAAGAUAAAUGUAAAGUAGAUAUAUUCAUUAAAAAUAUCAAUGAACGAG